UCUUGCCCAUGAUGUUUUUGAGGGUAUAAUCCCAGUAGAGCUAGCUCAUUGCUUAACAGUGCUUAUAUCAAGAAAGCUUUUCACGUUAGCAGACCUAAACAAUGCCAUUCUGAAGUUUCCCUACAAAUGGGCUGACAAGACAAACAAACCUCAUGUAGUGUCACAAAGUUUUUCUAGCUCAAAAUCGGUGGGGGGAAAUGCUCAUGAAAACUGGAGCUUGCUCCGCUUCUUACCUUUUUUGGUUGGAUCCCUUGUACCUGAAGAUGAGCCUGCGUGGCUUGUUCUCAUGGAUCUGAAGGACAUUACAGAGCUUAUUGUUGCCCCUGUGCAUAGUGAUGACUCGCUGGCUUUUUUGGAAAGUAAAAUCACUGAGCACAGGCAGAGAUACAAAGAAUUGUUCCCUGACAUCAAGCUGCUUCCAAAACACCGUUAUUUGGAGCACUACCCCCAGAUGAUUAGGCUGUUUGGUCCAAUUGUUGGGCAGUGGACAAUGCGCUUUGAGGCUAAGCAUAGCUUUUUUAAGCAGGUUAUCAGACACACAAGCUGCUUCAAGAAUGUGCCACUCUCAUUAGCCUCAAAGCAUCAGAUGAUGAUUGCAUACCAUCUGAGCUCUCCGUUUCUGAGCAAGUCUGACCUAGAGGUCUCUGCUAUAUCCACUCUACCAGUAGACUUACUCAAAGAGGAGAUAGCCCAAGUCAUCAGGAAAAAGUUCUCUGACACACCGGAGGUUCACCUUGCACAGUGUGUGACAACCAAGGGUAUAACAUAUAGGAAGGGAAUGAUACUGGCCCACAGAGCAGUGGGUGGAAUGCCUGAAUUCAGUGAAAUUGACCAAAUCUGCAUUUUACAUGAGAGUAUAUUCUGUAUUGUCAAAGAGCUAUGUGGUUGGUACAGAGAGCAUUAUAGAGCCUUUGAACUCAGCCAAGCACCCACAAGAACAUUCACUGUCGUGGCACUCAGUGAACUCCUUGAUACUUGUCCCCUUGUUGACUACAAGAUUGGAGCAACCCGCAUGGUGACUUUGAAAAGGCAUAUUGAAAUCAAAGCUUUGAAGAUGGGGACUCCUGUGAUCCUUAAGAUCGUCUUGACUGAUGGCAGCUCUCAGAGGUUGACUCUUUCCCAUGGACUCCCUGCAUCCAUUGAUGACCUUAUGAUUGAAGUCAAGAAACAGUGUGGACUUCAGGGCAAUUUUGACUUCAAUUUAUGGAUUCCUUGUUUGGAAAUGAGUUCCUCAACCUUACCUCAAUUUCAGAAGUAGAAGACAAAGGUACUCUUAGAGUCAUUGAUAUGGCAAUGCCCCCAACUUUGCCGUAUAAUAAUGAGAUGGGUUCUCCAGUCCUAAUACCCCAAGCAUUCAACCCUUUGUCUUCCUCUGUAAGUGACUCUUCGUCCCUCUCAGCUGAAUCUGUGGAUACAGAUGUACUGUCAUCGAGUGAGUCGA